AUGUUGCCGCUGGGCCACGGCUCCCCUUUGAAUGCAAGAGGGAAUACCAGCAUGGUUUAUGAUUUCUCCCAAUUGACCGCGAGCCCAUCGCUUGCUUGGUCCCCAUGUUAUAACAACUUUACUUGUGCCUUGCUAGAAGUACCACGCGAUUACGCCAACAAAACCGCCGGCACCCUCAACAUCGCCAUCAUCAAGAAACCCGGCCCAACACCCAACGCACAAGAAGUCCUCGUUAAUCCUGGCGGCCCUGGCGGCUCAUCCGUCAGUAUGAUUCUCUCCAGCUCCGCCGCAAUUGAAGCCAAAAUCGGAACCGACUACUCUCUCGUAGGCAUCGACCCCCGCGGCAUAAAUAACAGCGAACCAUCCAGCGACUGUUUCCCCGGCUACCCCUUCCAAACCCGCAAUGCCAUCCUCGAGGAACCCCUAGGUCUCGCAGACAUAACCUCUGAAAAAGCACUGAAAACUCACCACCAAUCCCUCCUCGGUUACGGAAAAUGGUGCUCAGACAUGUAUGCUGUAAACGGCACCGCACAAUACGCCAGCACCGUCGCCACAGCUCAAGAUAUGCAACAUUACAUCCAGCUCCGCGCCACCGACAUGGGAAAGUCUGGCGAGGAAGCAAAACUCUGGUACUACGGCAUAAGCUACGGCUCCAUCCUCGGUUCUACAUUCGCCAGUCUCUACCCAGAGCGUGUGGGCCGCAUGAUCAUCGACGGCGUCCUCGACCUCGCCGAUUACUACGAUGGCGGGUGGGAAACCGCCACAGACGACAGCGACAAAGCCGCAGGCUACUUCUUCCAGCAAUGUUUCGACGCAGGCCCCGCACUCUGUUUGUUCCAUCAAAACGCCUCGUCUCCGCAGGCCAUCCAAGAUCGGUACGAAGCCCUGCUUGAGGAUCUAAAGGUGAACCCUUUUGCGGUUGCGCAGGCGAUUCCUGAUCUAGAAAAUCCGCUGACGGUUCCUGGAGCGCUGGCCCCGACACCGUAUGUGUUGCAGUGGACAGAUAUCACAAGCCAGUUCUUCGCUACACUAUACUAUCUCAACCCCGCCUUCGUAGUACUAAUGGACUACUGGCUUCUCGCUUUGCAGAACCGCGACGUAGCAAUCUUAUCCAGCAUCACGCUCAAAGCGCAGAUCAACAAUUUUAGUCCGAGCUUCGAUGAGCGGAUGGGGAGAGUGCUGGUGGUGUGUCUAGAUUCGGAUGGGCGGUCGAAUUAUACGGAGUUUGAAGCGUACAGGGGGUUUGUGGAGGGAAUGCAUGAGGAUAGUAGGUAUGGUGGCCUGCAUGUUGCGGCGCUGAGUGGACCGGUGUGCAGCCAGAUGCGGGUGAAGGCGCCUGAGAGCCAGCGGUUUGAUGGGGUGCCGAGGGUGAAUGAGACACAUACGCCUAUCCUGUUCGUAUCGUCGGUUGCGGAUCCUGUUACGCCUUUGUCGGCGGCGAGGAAGAUGAACGAGCAGUUUCCUGGUUCGGUUCUGCUGGUGUUUGAUAACGUUGGUCAUACUGCACACUUCCAGUCAAUCGCGUGUGUCUCUGAACACGAAAAGCGAUAUAUGCGUGACGGAACCCUUCCGCCUACGGAUACGGUAUGCGAGGUUGAAGAGCCCAAUCCAUGGAUUGCUUUUGCAAAGCUGUCCAAUGUCACUGGAGCUGCGCCAUUAUGA